AUGUCCAAGAUGGAGGCAGACGCGAACGCAAACCCCAACGACAUUGACAAGCAGCUUGCCCUCUUCCAAGCUCUUGUCGACACCAACGUCAAGGCUGGUCGCGACAUUGUCAUUUCCCGCUGGGAGCGCAUGUGCCAAUUCGAUCCAAAUUCACCGCUUCUCAAGUCUGACAAAGCAUUCGAGCUCUACCUGACUUCACUCAUACAGAACGGCAUGCAAAGCUCCGUCGACCCCGCUGUCCGCCGCAGAGAAUCCCUAUUGGCUGCCCAAGUUGGUGCUGCAACGACCGACCCUGCUCCCGCCACCUCCGCUUCUGCCCUCGACUCGGUUGCCCCUGCCACCCCCUCGGAAUCUGCACCUGCAUCGUCACCGGCCUCCUCGACCGCCUACUCUGCCUCGGCCCCGCUCCCCCCGCCUUCGUCCCCGUCCGAAUCCCCUGCUGCUGCUACCUCGGCCAGUCAGGCGAUUGCUCAGCGGGUAUUGUCCAACAAUGCCUCGGCGAGCGCGUCGCCGGCUGCUCAGGCGGCUGGUGCUUCAUCGUCGGCUAAUCCGGACAUGGCUAAACUUGCGGCUUCGCUUGGUGCUGGCUCGGGCGUCAGUGGUAAUCCGAUACAUGUGACGUUGAGCGAACCCAAGGGCUCUUUGGUUAUGCGAUUGGUCAGGUUCUUUACGUUUACCGCCCUCAGUGCUUUCUUCGUCCUCAUCGUCCUCUCUGUCCUCAUGGAGAACUCGGGUAUGCUCAAGUCCGUCCCGCGCAAGACCGAGUACGAGCCGAACCAGCAAAAGACCGUCCGCUUCUCGGACGUGCACGGCGUCGACGAGGUCAAGGAAGAGCUCAAGGACAUCGUCCAGUUCCUCAAGGACCCCGCCUCCUUCGCGAGCCUGGGCGGCCGCCUGCCCAAGGGCGUCCUCCUUACCGGCCCGCCCGGGACGGGCAAGACGAUGCUCGCGCGCGCCGUCGCGGGCGAGGCCGGCGUCCCGUUCUUCUUCGCGUCCGGGAGCGAGUUCGAGGAGAUGUUUGUCGGUGUGGGCGCGAAGCGCGUGCGGGAGCUGUUUGCGACGGCGCGCAAGCGCGAGCCGGCGAUUAUCUUCAUUGACGAGCUCGAUGCGGUCGGCGGGAAGCGCAGCCAGCGCGAGCAGCAUUAUAUGAAGCAGACGCUGAACCAGCUGUUGGUGGAGAUGGACGGGUUUUUGCAGAGCGAGGGGGUUAUUGUUAUUGCGGCGACGAACUUCCCCGAGAGUCUUGAUCCUGCGCUUACCCGGCCUGGACGCUUUGACCGACACGUCGCUGUCCCUCUUCCUGACAUCCGUGGCCGCGUGCAGCUCUUGCAGCAUUUCAUGAAGGAGAUCGUUACCGGCAGCGCUGUCGACCCGAUGAUUCUCGCUCGUGGGACUCCGGGAUUCUCGGGUGCUGAGCUCGAGAACAUGGUCAACCAAGCUGCGAUCCAGGCAUCCAAGGAAGGCUCCCGUGAAGUCGCACUCAACCACUUUGAAUGGGCAAAGGACCGCAUUCUCCUGGGCGCGGAGCGCAAGACCGCGUUCAUCACAGAGGACGCGAAGCUGCUGACGGCCUACCACGAGGGCGGACACGUGCUCGCGGCGCUGUACACGGAGGGCGCGAUGCCGCUGCACAAGGUGACGUGUGUCCCGCGCGGGCACGCGCUCGGUGUGACUUCGCAGCUGCCGGAGAACGACCGCUUCUCGGUGACGCAGACGGAGUACAAGGCGACGCUGGAUGUCUGCAUGGGCGGGCGUGUUGCCGAGGGCCUGAUCUACGGUGUCGGCGGCAUGACCAGCGGUGCGUCCUCGGAUCUGCAGAAGGCGACGUCAACGGCCACGGCCAUGGUUAAGCAAUGGGGCUUCUCUGAGAAAGUCGGGCCUGUGUUCUACCCGGAGCGCGACGAGUCGAUAAGCCCUGCGACGCGGGAGCUGAUCGACGGCGAGAUCAUCAAGCUGCUCUCGGACAGCGAAACGCGCGUGGCGAAGCUGCUUGCGGAGCGCAAGGAUGAGCUGCACCGGCUCGCGCGCGCGCUCGUCGAGCACGAGACGCUCACCGCGGACGAGGUGCGCAAGGUGAUCCAGGGCGAGCCGAUACGGGAUAUCAAGGAGAAGCUCGCGGAGGAGCCCACGGCGCAGUCGCAGUCGCAGCCGCAGGCGAGUUUGCAGUCGACGGUGCAGACGCCGACGGCGCCGUCGUCGUCAUCACCCGCUGCUGAGUCGCAAUCGGACUCGUGA